CGUAGAAGUUGAUGAUAUUCAGCGGUACGAGGCAUGGUUCAAUAAACAAUACUGUGCUUUGUAGCCUCUUUCGGUAGCCAUCAAGGAUAAUCAAAAAGCUUUCGAUUGUUGUAUGGUUUAGUUCGAAGUGAGGAGCGGCAAUGGUUUUAACAGACAUCAAAAAUCAUGUUCCUCGGACGAGAGACUGUUCGACUACAACCACUGCAAAGAGACGACAAGAUACCGAGAGAGUCAAUUGGAAAAACAAUGAUGAGUCGAAAAAUCUUUUGAUAUCGCGCAAGCAAGACGACUACACGACCGAGAGCCUUUUGGGAUCAUCCAUUAUGCAACACAUACUCCCAUCGCCGAGACGUUUCUCGGUCUGUCGCGACUCUUCGACACUCGACGGGAAAGAUCGAAUUGAGCAAUCUCGAAGUCCCGAUGAGGAUUCGAGUCUUGAGAAGGGACCGUGGGGGGAGAAGAAAGUUGUUCGGGGAAGGCCUUCUUCACAUCUAUCUCUCGAGACUCAAACAGGGAUAGUUGAAGCCCAGCUAGAUCGGAUAGAAUGCAUACGGAACGAAAUAAGAGGUAGGCUAACCGAAUCUCGUGACUCCAAGGCCAAAUCUGUUUUGAAUGGGGAAGAAUUUUUGUCGGCGGGUACCAACCAAACCUGGUGCCACCCGACCAAUCGAGAAAGCAGGGAGCUAAAAUCAUACAUAGCAGAUGUUUUUUCAUCCCAGAGGGCUGGGCAAGAUCAAUGCAAUGCUCGUUUGUUUCACCGCGAAAAAUUCGAAUCGCUGAGAAAAGAGUUUUCGCAAUUCAUCAGAGAAAUUGCUGUGAAAAAUGAUGUCCCUGAGUCUUUAUAUCUGGAUACGAAGAAUAAAGUGACAUUUGUGGUUCGAAGUAGACCUCUCUCAGAACACGAAAUCACAAGGGGUGACUUUUGUGUCGUUGAUAUACCCCGGGAAUCUUCGAACACCCUGGCUCUAUACGAGACCAGUGUAUUGCCAGACAGAAAGACUGUGGAUUGCAAAAUUCAUGUAUUCAAAUUUGAUGCGGUUCUUUCCGAGAGAGCUUCUGCAGAGGAUUUUUACAAUCGAACGAUGCGGAUGAACGUCACGCACGCAAUUAAUGGUGGUUUAGGGACGAUAAUUAUAUUUGGGCCAGAUGAAUACGGAAAGUUGCGCACAAUUUUAGACGUGGAAGAGAGAGCCGCAGGCGAUCUGUUUUCUGACCCAGUGACAUCAACCCGCUCUAUUUCUAUCAAAUUUAUGGGUACGGAGUCGAGAGGCAACAAAUUGAUAGAUCUGAUUGAUCCAACUCAUAGUGUGGUUGAAGUUGUCAAAUCCGAUGGUGGAGAAUAUCAAACAGAGGGGGCACUACGGAUUGAUAUUUAUUCUGCUAGAGAUUUUUUGGACACACUACGCCUCGCCAGGCAGCGGUUUGCAUCGCGAAGAAUCAUUCGACAAGAAAGUGAUGCGACUUCGUACUUGCUAUGUGAGGUAUUGAUAAAGAAUAAGAAAGGCAAAUCAGGACGUCUCAAUUUGCUACUAUGUCCUUCUGGUGACGACAUUCAAACAAAAAAGAAGAGUCAAUCAUUAACAGAACAUAAUCCGUUGGCCGAACUGAUGACAAUGCUUCAAAACAAAUCAUCCCUUGAUAGUGUUUCGCGAACGACUUCUUUAACGAGAGUGCUUGCUCCUUCUAUACUUGAAACAAAACAGUCCCAUGUUUGCCUUGUCGCGGCUGUGUCACCGUCGUCAGUAGACACAGAAACUUCGUUGUCAAGUAUGAUCUCGUCGAUGGAAUACAUGAAAGAAAGCACAGCCAGCAGUACCGAAAUUACAAGUCGCAUCAAAAACAUUGAGGCAGAAAGUCAGGGAACAAAUGAUUUAAUGCUGCCAAGGCAGUGGUCAAAAGUUCAACUGAUGGAUUGGGUAAAAAGAAAGAAUCUUGUGGAUCAUUUGGUCGAGGGAAAUUUGUCGGGGAAGAUCGUAAUGAAAAUGAGUAUCCACCAAAUAAAAGAAUGUUUUUUCAGCUCUUCUGACAGCGGGGACAGAAAAGCGAAAAGGUUGUUUCGUGCACUAAGGGCCGAGAACGAUAGAGUAGCCCGGCUGAGAGUUAAAAGAAAAUUUGCUCUCCAAAUGGCUGAGAAAUAAGUUCUAGUUGUCAGUACCUACUAAAUGCACGGUAGUGAA